AUCUUUCGGAAGCAAACAGUAUCAUUUCGUUACAUUACCGGAAGUACUGUGUAUGGAAACGAGGCAACUUCCUUUUGGGCCAUAAUCUUACGGCCAGAAUGACUAAAGGAACAUCGAGUUUUGGCAAGCGCCACAACAAGACACAUACACUGUGUCGUAGAUGUGGCCGAAGUUCCUAUCAUAUACAGAAAAGCACAUGUUCGCAAUGUGGUUAUCCAGCCAAGAGAAUCAGAAAGUUUAACUGGAGUGAGAAGGGAAAGCGGAGAAAGACGACGGGAACUGGUCGCCUGAGACACAUGAAGGUCGUGAAUAGACGCUUCAAGAAUGGCUUCCGUGAGGGAACAGUUCCAACGCCAAGAAAGAGAGGCGGAGCAGCCGCCCCAUCGGCAGCAGUAGCGCAGAAAUAAACUAACUUUAUAAAAAAAGUGACAUUAAAAAAAAUUGUGACUACAAAA